AUGGCAUCGUCAAUUACCGGCGAUGACUCAUAUACCACCAUAUCUCCGAUGAAUUCCAAUUUUGCAGCUUUAAUUCGUAAAGAUAUCCUGCGUACGAUCUUCAAAAAGCUUCCUGUGGUAGAUCUAGCAUGGUCGGCAUGUGUGUGCAGGUUGUGGAGUUCAGUAGCUUCUGAUCGAGAGUUUCAGGUUAAGGCUUUCAAGGCGCCGUGGAAACUCACUCAAUCUGAUAUGGAAGCUAAUUUGUUUAAGCUCAUGGAAAGGCGGGGCUAUGGGCAAGAAUAUAUAAAUCAUUACAAGAUGAUGACAAGUACCUUCCACGGUCGAAAACAGCUCAAAACCGGAAGAGGAAACCCCAAAAGGAAUCCUCUUGCUCCUGAACCUCUUGCUGCUGAACCUCUUGCUAUUGAACCCUCUUGGUCCGGAACCCUCUUAGUCCGGAAUACCUUCUUAGGAGUUAGGAGGAAUUUCACUUCGGAACCAAUGUGCUUCGGACCCUCUGAAGGACUAGAGAAAAGCCUCUCAUCCGGAAACCCUUGA